AUGACACCUUGGAAACCUUUUCAUCUUUCCAAAUGCAAUAAAUACUUUCACUUUCACUUUUUUCAGUCUCUCUCUCUUUCUCUCUUUCUUCCCUAUUUCUUUCGAUCACCUUUUCUAUAUUAUCUCACUUUCUAUCUAUCUAUAUAUCCAUUUGUCGCACUCAUCCCAACUUCUUUUCUUUUGGGAUUUUUCAUUUUCGUUCUCUUUAUUUUUCUCUUGUAUUUUUCUUUCUUUUUCUCCUUUCCAUCAUUCUUUCUCUGUCUUUUAUGUCGUUCUUUCCCCCUUCUCCAACUCUCUCUAUCUCUCUUUCCAAAUAAUUUUCCCGUUUUCUUCUUCUUCUUCUUCUUCUUCUUCUUCGUCGUCGUCACGAUCUUUAUUUUAUUCCCCUCUCUCUCUCUCUCUCUCUCUCUCUCUCUCUCUCUCUCUCUCUCUCUCUCUCUCCUUUUUUCUCAGAAAUAUUAA